CGGGUCAUUUUCUUCAAUUUUUAUUUCUAUUCUGAAUCUAACAAAUCUCUGAAACAAUUUAUAAAGCACCGAAAAAGCAUCGAAGAAGGUUUUAACUUUUCUCGCAUCAACCAUACUGACCGAAAGUCCCAUAAAACCAAACUCCAUCGACGUCUCUUAUUUCACCUCGCCAACAGAGAAGUUUCAGUGUCACAGUAUCCUUAAAAAAUAGAAGAAUAUUCGAGGCUACUGUCUCGGGACCACUCGAUGCCCGUGAACUGGAUUCUUUGCCAUUCUUUCUCGCACAGACGGGAAAUUUUGUCCCCAGAGGACCGCUUGUCUUCUCCGAGAAAGGAACACGGACUGAGACCGUAAAAAAAGAAAGACCAAGGAAUACCAAGCGUACAAUGACUCGCGAUAAUACUUCAAGUGUUAAGUGUUAAUACUUUAUCUUAAAACAUUAUUAUUAUUAUUAGUUAAAGUGAUAAUACUUUAUCAAAAACAUUCGCACAAAUAUAUAACAUCUGAACACAGAAAAGAGAGCCUCGAACGAAAAAGAACUGUACGCUAUCUUUCUGACUUAUUUUCACACGUAGAAUAAUCUCCCGUCUAUUUUUGUCUAAUGGAGAUUAGAUAAAUUCACGUGUGUCUGAUAAAUUCUCAAAUUGAAUUUCCUCGGCAACGAAGCCUCCAAUAUAGUUUCGGUAUUCUUGCUUUUCGUCUUGCUAUUUCGUGUCGUAGAAUCCACCUCUGGCCUCAACGGUAUCGCGAAUUUCCAGAACCAUUUCGAUGUAUCUGCAACGAUUUGGAAUCGUGCAAGUACUUACGGACAAUAAUGUACAUGCACUAUGGAUGAAAAGACGGUAGGAACACGGAGGGUUAAUGGUGGUCGAGUGUUUUCGAGGAGGCAGCGUAGGUGAAAGUGGAGAAGAGACGGAUAAUUGACAAGGGCCUGUAGAAGAUGGACGUAAAAGGGCGAGUUGCCCUGGUGACGGGCGCCGCUUCCGGUAUCGGUAAAUCUUGCGCCGUAGAAUUAUUAAACGAAGGCGCGAUGGUGUCUAUAUGCGACAUAAAUUCAGAAGAGGGUGAAAAAUUAGCAGAAACUUUGUCUACAGAACAUGGGAAAGACCGUGUGAUCUUCUGUCAAUGCGACGUCACAGAUUAUUCGCAAUUCGAGGAAUCCUUUCAAACAACGUUCGCGACGUUCGGACACAUCGAUAUCGUAGUUAAUAACGCUGGAAUAAUGAACGAUCGAUUUUGGGAACUGGAAGUGGACAUCAACGUUAAUGGCGUGAUCCGCGGAACUUUGCUCGCUCAGCGAUUUAUGGGAACGGACAGGGGUGGCCAGGGUGGAAUAGUGGUUAAUAUUGGAAGCAACGUCAGCAUCAACCCUUAUGCGAGUGUUCCAAUUUACUCUGCCACCAAGGCGGCAAUCGUCAACUUCACCAGAGCGUUCGGGCACCAAUACCACGUGGACUUAACCGGCGUGAAGGUGAUGGCAUUAUGCCCAAGCGCGACAGAUAGCAAAUUAUUAGGAGAUGUCAGUAAACAAUUGCUCUGGGCUCGAUACGUAGACGCUUGGCUUCGUGACGUCGCCAGUUCAGUUCCUCAAAGAUCAGAGCACGUAGCUAAAGCGCUGAUCCAGAUCCUAAACACAGGCAAAAGUGGAAGCGUCUGGCUGGUGGAGAAGGACCAACCUCCUCACGAGAUCACAUUCCCGAAAAACUAAGAUCCUAACUGUCAUGAUUCGCGUGAAUUUACUCGCUUAAAUUCGAAUAGCUGUGCCGUACCAUACAAAAUCUCUCAUUAUCUCUCAUCAUCGCUCAAAGUACGCAAAAAAGAAAAGGGGAAACAAAAUAUUCCAGAAUAUUCCACACAAUCCACAAUCUGAAAUUUAUUUGCAAUUAAAAUUUUACCGGAGAUUCGAGUUAACGACCUAAGGAUCGAUCAUCGAGGAAGCGUAAAAUGCUACGCAGGAUCAAGAGCAUGCGUUUAGGUGUAAAGAUACAUCAGUUUUAUUGCCAAAGAUUACGGAAGAUAAUUAGUACGAUGAGAGCGUUUCUUUGUGCAUUGUUAUUCGUUCGCGUUAGAUUUAGAAAGAAUAACGUUCGUUUUAAUUAUAAUAUGAUAAUUUAACGGGAUUCUCUCGAACGUCCGUUCCUAUCUUCCUUCGAUAGCGUACUCGAUGGGAAUUUACAGGAAAUUCUUCAAUAAUGCCACGUCACAAUAUUAUUCGAAGGAGACAAAUGAUAAUCUAUAAAUUGAGAAGUCAUGCUGCAAGUUUUUCAUUAACGCGUUUAUCGCCACGUUAUUUAUACACGUUGCAUAAAAAUCGAGGACCUUGGAUGUUACCUUGUAUUCAUUUGUUAGAACAACCACGUGAUUGAAAUAAUAACGAUGUAAGCGGUUUAAGAAAAACAAGUUUAUGCAUUUUAUGCGAAUCGUUCUUUCUAUGAUACAUGAAAAGGAAAAGACAAUAACAAAUGAUAUAUGUUCGACAUUUAUCAUUUCUACGAUAGAAUUCUAAUUCAUUUCAAAGGAAUGACGUAACUAGAGAUACAUCAAUUGUUUGAGAAAAUCGAUUCAAAACACACGAUUAUUGAUUAUUCAAUCGUUCAACAAUGAACAACUUCGCUUCCUUUUAUCAUUUAAUUAAUAGUUGUCAGAUUUUUAUAGUUUUUAUGAAUUGGGACAGUUCUACUUUAAAUUGUGACAUUAUCGUUGAAUUUAAUUGAAUAAUCGUGACACGUCUAUCCUGGUGAGUAGUUCGCUUUUUGGAAAUUAAUGGUUCUAACAGGCUGAUAGAAAAUUCAAGAGAAAUUGUUAAUUGCAAUGAAAAUUUUAAACUGCAUACCUCCUUAACUUCUUUAGGCAUUAGAAACGCUCUAUUCCUAAAAAUAUAAACAAUCACGUGAUACGAAAAUGAAAGUAAAAUUGUAUUUCUAACGCGUCAACGUAACAUUUUUCACUUUGUCUUCGAACGAACUCUCAGCUCGAACUGCCUUGGCGAUCAACGCGUUAAGAUAAAUGUCGUUUCGACAAAAAAUUAAAUAUACGCUGUGAAUCGAAAGUUGAUCGAACGAACAACAUUUUCGAUGAAAAUUAAAAAUCAGGAUCACCGUAUUGGGUUUUAUAUCGUUUAACAAUUGCCAUGUGUUCCCGAUAAGGCUCGAUACUUUGUAAAAUAUAUCCUCAACACUUUUUACUUAUACAUAUUUGUUAUACUGCGCGACUCUGCACAACAGGUUUCUAACCAUUUCUCAUAAACAAUUGUAAAAUCAAAGAACAUUGCUUAGAUAGUCAUGUACAAUGGUUCGCGGUAAUAUUUAAAGAGGUGUACGAUGAAUUUUAUCACACCUUCCCUAAGUCCUUUGAAGAAACCUGUCUCCGAUCUUUUAAUAAUAGUUACACAAGCCGAUUAGAUAUGUUACCGGUGAAGGUUUCAGACUAAACUUUGUUCGAUAUUUUUUGAAUAGUAAAAUAAGUAAAAUUUCAUGUUAUCGACGAUUAUUAUCAUUAAUCAAUUUUUCCCGGAAUGUAACACCUUUCGCGUAAAGAUACGUAACAUAAUCUGCACCAUUUUGAAAAAAAAUCGAACAAGGUUUUUGAUCUUUGGACUUGAAAAGUUCUCAAUGUUCAAAAUGUACAAGCGUUUUUUAAGUUAGGCUUAUAGUAAUGUAAUAAGGCAAGAAAAAGCGAUAAAACGACUCGAACUAAAUAAUAAUAAUAUUAAUAAUAAUAGUAAUAUUAAUGAUAAUUAACCGUUUAAAAUUAAAAUAAAUGAAUUUACCUCAAACACACUAAACUGUCCAAUUUGUAACUUGGAUGCAAGCAAUCGUAUAAUGUACUAACAGUAAGAGCGAAUAUCAAUAGAUAUCAAUGGUAGUUUUCAAGAAUAACAUUUUAAAUUUUCUACUACUCCGUUCUAAUAGCUCGAUCAUAAUAAAUUACGCAUCAAAGUGUCUGCAAACAGACGUGACUCGACAUGUCCCAGUCCAGUACGUUAAUACGAUAAUGUUAAAUGUAUACUGAGAAUGUUGAAAAACAAACUGAACAAAAUUUAUUCCAUCCAUAAGUUAACAAUUUUUUACAUUUAUAAAAUAAAAUCGAUAAUCGCGUAAGAUCGAGUCCCUCGUUUGCGACUACUUUGUGCAAACUUUCGACUGAAACGAUCGAGGAGAGGAUAGAUUUAUUAUCACGAAAGAAACCGAUUAAGACGAUUUGUCCAAGAACAAAAUGAUAAUCGUGCGUGUAAUAUUUUAUAGAAAUUUGUAAACACGGGGACGACCAAUGUAAAAGAAGAAACGAAGAAACUUAGGUUUAGAUGCAGCGAAAUCGAGGCCUAAACUCGACAUCUUCGACGAAAAAUCAUAAUUAUUAUACAUUCUAAUCGACCAUUCUUCCAUCGAACAUCCUUAACGAUUCUCUUGUCCCGAUUACAUUUUCUUCGGAACGAUUAUACUCUCUUGAAAAUUGAGAAUCUAUCCCUCGUCUAUCUCUAAUCAAACGAAGAAUCUCUCCCCACCACCGUACUUAGCAAUUAAUAUUAUAUUCAUAUUAUUUUUUACUACGAUGUUCUCCGUUAUGUGAAAAAUUCUUGAAAUUUUUGAUAAUAAAAAGCAAUACAAUAGCUGGUAAAUUUUUGAAAGAUUAUAAUCGUUAUAUAAAUUAUUAUUAUUAUUACACGAUUAUUACGUAUUAAUCUGAGAAGCAACAAGCAGAUCCACAGGAUCUAAAAUCGAAGAUCAGCCGCACCUUUAAAUAUAACAUCGCACGGUCUUUAUCGAUACGACAGUUUCAUCGUUAGCUAGUGGAAAUUGUUAUAAUUUGCUGGAAAUGUAUGUUGCAAGCCUAGCCAAUAAAAUGCAUAGCUUUCUUUUUACAAGAAGAACUCAAUUAUAGUAUCAACAUUAGAGUAAUUUAAAUACCUUAAUGUUAUUAAGUUGUGAAAGUAAAAAGUUUGUUUUCACGUCAAAUAUUCCAAUUGAAUCGAUUUCCUAAUAAAUUUCUAUUCCUCAUUA